AUGCAAUUCUCUACUGCCUUUUACAUCUCUCUACUAGCUUUGGCUAAAUUUGUCAUUGCCGACUCUGCAUCUUUCGGUAUGGUCGUCAUCCGUUCUGGUUCCUCUCUUCAAUAUGCUAGUGUCUACGCUAAAGAUGGUAAAUUGGCUAUUGGUCAAGAAUCUGGUAACACUUUCUCUGGUGUCGUUACCGAUGCUGGUAAAUUGAAAUUGAGUGACAACAAAUACGCAAUCGAACAAACUGAUGGAAGUUUCAACGAAGGUUCUGAAGAAGAAGGUUCUACCGGUUUCUCUGUCUCCAGUGGUUACUUAAGUUACAAGUCUUCUGCAUUCUAUGCCGUCGGUUCCGGUUCUGAUUACACUUUAUCUAUCAAAGAGGCUUCAGGUUCCACUCCAAUUGCUUUAUCUGCUCGUAGUGCUGAUGGUUCUGUCGUUCCUGAUUUCGAACCAAGUGGCUCAAGCUCAAGUGAAGCUUCUAAAUCUACUUCCGCUGCUGCCUCUGCUUCAGCUAGGACUACUACUUCAGCCGCUGCUUCAGCUAAAACUACUACCUCAGCCGCUGCAUCUAAAGGUAACGUUGCUGCCAUCUCUCAAAUCACUGACGGUCAAAUUCAAGCAACUAUCUCUCAACACACUGAAAAUGGUGCUGCUAAGAGUGUCGUCGGUUUAGGUGCCGGUAUUGUCGCUGCUGCCGCUGCUAUGUUGCUAUAA